UCUUUAUUAUAUGCAGAAUAAGCUUUUUAAACCCAAAUUUUAGAACCGACAAUCUUCCUUGUGUGAAUACUUAACAGUAAGGUCCAGAACCUUGGAAUCUUUGCCUUUAAGCAACCUUUACUCCAAGCAAUUCAAUAAUUCUUUCACUUUUGUCGUGCAAACCAUUUAAUACCAUGUAGUCUUUCUUCAGACACCCUGCAUGAAUUCUCUUUGUUUUAGACUCCAAAAAUGCCUAAAACAGUGGCUGUCACACAUGCUGAUCUUGCACCAGGUCGUCAAAGCACUGAAUUGGGCAGCAGAACUGGUGUUGUUCUCAUGGUUUUAACCAUUAUUUGUGGCCUGUUUUGCUUCAUCCUUUGCCUCAAGGCAGAAGCCACUCGUUCUCUGGAAAUGUGGGUGGAAUCUGAAGAUAAUGGGAAGGAAGUGAAAUAUGAAUGUGUCUAUAGCGGUAGCGGCAAGACACCAUUGUUGUGUUCUGUUGUGGCAUUUGUGGGACUAGCUGUUGCCAUGGUAGUGGAACAUAUGUACAUAUUGAUUGCAGUCGGUAAAUCACCAUCGCCUGCUCUAGUUUCUUGGGACCCUGAUUCUAUUUGUGCCAAGACUCUCACGUGGCAAGCAGGAUUUUUCGUUGUCACAACCUGGCUUUGCUUUGCUGUGGCAGAGAUUUUGUUGCUGGUUGGGCUUGUUGUGGAAUCGGGACAUUUAAAAAGCUGGUCAAAACCAAAAGCGAGCUGCCACAUCAUCAGAGAAGGCGUGUUCUGUGCUGCUGGUGUGUUUUCAUUAAUGACAGUUUUCCUGGCUGAUGGCCUGUACUUAAGAGCAUUACAUGCACAAAAAAUGUUCCAAGAACAGCAAAAUGUGCGGCAACAGGUCCUUGAGGCCUCCGUCCUAUACGCUUCGCCUCCUGUUUCAUCACCCCAUCGGAUGACAACCAUGGCCAGAAAGGAUCCAGUGAUCACAUAAUUUCCAAGCCAACCACCACCAUUUUCACAUUCAUGGAAUUUCAGAAAGCAAUCAAAUGGUGUUUAGAGCAAAGCAAAUAAAUGCCAUUGGUGCCUCUGGCAAAGCUGAAGGCACAAGCUAGAGCUACA